AUGGCUACAGGAGGAGAGAAUUCCGACAAUAUCGAUCCAGCUCUCAAGGCAGCGAACGACAAAAAUCUGGCCCUCCUCGACCAGAUGAAAAUAAUGCGAGAGGAAAUGAAUUACUACCAAGCGAAGCUCGCUGAAAGGCAACCCGCCACCACCAUCACUGGUGAGAAGAAAAACAUCAAGCUACCUCCUUUUAAUCUGGAAAAACCGCAGCUAUGGUUUUCUCAGGUAGAAUCCGUUUUUACAGUUUGGAACAUUUCAAACGAGAUGAUGCGAUACUCACUCGUAUCAUCUCAAUUGGAAACUCGUGUUGCUAACGAAGUGGAGGACAUUCUCGUAUCACCUCCCACUGACACGCCAUACUCCAAGCUAAAAGCCGAGCUGAUUCUUCGCCUGUCUAAAUCCGAAACGCACCGCGUUCGACAACUACUCACUGAAGCAGACCUUGGCGAUAGUACACCUUCGCAAUUUUUGCGUAGGCUGAAAGCGUUAACUGGCACUACGAAAGUAGAUGAGCAACUCAUGAAGACUCUCUGGCUGCAACGUUUACCUCGCCAAGCACAAGCUAUCUUACAGACGCAUUCCCGAGAAACGUCAAUUGAUGAACUGGCCAAAAUCGCAGACCGAAUUUUGAAAGUUGUCCCGGCUCCAUCCGUCUGUGCCGCUGCCGCUACCGCACCACCUGAGCCUCAAACAUCCAAACUGGAAAAGAUGCUUUUAGCUUUGACAGAACGACUCGACCAGCUUGAAAUGGGUCAGAAAAAGUUGCAUCGCGACCUGUCUCGCUCACGGUCACGCUCUCGUUCCCGCUCAGAAAAUGACCGUCGUAAUGGUGUCUGCUUUUACCAUCACAAGUUUGGCGAUGAAGCACGUGCAUGCCGUCAACCUUGCAGUUACAAGCCUAAGUCCACGCCGACAAACUCCACCGGCAACCAGUAG